GCAAUAUGGGCCGAAGCACGAAACCUUCCUGCUUCUUCUCACAUGGCAGUAGAGAGAGAAAGAAGAGAGAGAAAGCGAGGGAUUUGCAUUCAAGUGAGAAGAACUUACUCAGACGGCAGUGAGCAGGGGAAGGGGAAGGAGGAGGAGCCUCUUGAAUUCCUUAAAUUUUUUCCACCACAAAGACCAGUUUUUAAGCUUCUUUCUCUCUCAUUCUGCCAUUUUUAAUGUUCUACGUUUCCUAUCUGUCCUUUGCUUUUAGUACUUCUUUCUCUACCGCCUGAAGAUCUCUAUUCCUCACUGUUAACUUCUUUUCAACGCACUCUUUUGGUCAAUUUUUGCGACCUUUUAGUUGUUAGAUCUGAGUUUUGUUCUCUCUUUGAUUUGUUCCGCCUGUUUCUGGUCGCGAACUAGCAGUUUGGAAAUGGGAUCUAUUUGCUGAGAGGCGUUUUGUGGAUUAGAAGAUGGAGGUUGAGAAGAAACGAUCAAAAGGAGGCUUUCUUAACUUAUUUGAUUGGAAUGGCAAAUCUCGGAAAAGGCUGUUCUCAAGCAGUAAUGAGUUAGCUGGAUUGAAGCAAGGAAAAGAAAAUGUUGACAACUUGUCAAAAUCACAGCUCUUUCAGUUAGAGGCAAGGGAAGAUGGAGCAAGUUCUAGUUAUAAAUUAAAUGGUGAUUGGGAUUUUUCUUUGACCAAAACAAGUGAUGAGAAAUGUGGGGGUCGAGUCCCCAGUGUCGUUGCCAGACUUAUGGGGUUAGAUUCAUUGCCUUCUAAUGUACCCGAGCCUUGUUCUACCUCAUUUUUAGAAUCCCACUUGGUCGGGGCUUCUCAUCAUGAUAACAGUGAUGGAGGAUGGAACUGUCAUUCUAUGGACUAUAUUGAUAUGCCGAACAAACUCGAGAGGUUUUCUGGGAAUCUCUUGGACUUGCGGGCGCAAAAAGUACCGAAACUUCCAAUUGAGAGAUUUCAAUCUGAAGUAUUGCCUCCCAAGUCUGCUAAAUCUAUACCUAUAACUCAUCAUAAGUUGUUGUCUCCUAUUAAGAGCCCUGGGUUUACUCCAACAAUGAGCACAGGUUACUUAAUGGAAGCAGCUACCAAGAUAAUUGAGGCAAGUCCAAGGAAACCUGUGAAGAGUAAAAUGACAUCUAUUACCAACUCUUCAGUGCCCUUGAGAAUCCGGGAUUUGAAAGAGAAAGUGGAAACUACGCGUAAGUCAUCUGGAAUUGAACGAUCAACCGAAAAUUACAUCGGAAAGAAUAGAAAAGGAAAGGCUAGUGAAAGGAACUACAGUGGAUCCGAACAUCUUGCGUCAAGGACCGAGUCUACUGAUGCGGAUAGAAGUAAUUCCAACGGUUUAAAAGAUAAAGGAAGACCAGUUUCUCUUGCAGUUCAAGCAAGAGCCAAUCAUCAGAGUAAAGGGGACUCGACUUCUUGUAGUGACAGGGCGGGUGCGAUGGAUCGGAAAGAGCAGAAUGACGUAAAAUCAAGCCAAGUUUUCAAAAGUCAGCCCAGAAUGCAAAAAACUAUGCAGAAGAGAACCAUGAAGAGGAAUAACAAUGUUCUAGCUCAAAACAAUCAGAAGCAGAAUUCUCUACCCAACAAAGAAAAAUUGCCUUCAAAACCCCAAGUUCUUAAUCAGCCUGUCAAAAGGACUCAGUCUGCUAAUUGUCACAUAGGUUCUAGCAAAACUGUAAAUAAGAUUCUUAUCAACUGCGAAGUUGAAUCGAAAAUCACACGCACGAGAGAAACUGAUGCCAAAAAAGACUUUGGAUCUUCCAAGAGAAAUGCUGCCUCAAGGAAGAAAAAAUCUGUUAGUCAGGAUGUUAGUAGUGAAGGAAGUUCUGUAUCUAAUUCUUUGAUCCACAACGGUGAGAGAUCUGUCAAAUAUAAUAUUGCAGUUGAUGGUUCGAUGAACGGUGAUGAAAACCGAAAGCCGGGAAUGGACGUUGUUUCUUUUACAUUCACAUCCCCGCUGAAGAAAUCUAGUUCUGAACCUCACUCAGAUGAGGCUGUAAAAAUUAACCACAGCUUGGUCUUUGAUUCUUAUAGUGAGAAUGAUUAUUUGAAGAAUCUAUCAUCAUUUUCACCCAAUUUAAACGCCAUAAACGGCGAUGCUUUGAGUGUUUUGUUGGAGCAAAAGCUUCAGGAAUUGACGUGUAGGGUCGAGUCCUCUCAAUCUUAUAUGGCGAGAGACGACAUUUUUUCUUGUUCUGGAUCUAAUUCGCAUUACGCCACUUCAGAAUGUGCCACGAAAGAAAAUUGCAUAGGCUGCAGAUAUUCAGAUAGUCCCCAUGAUUGCGGUCACUUGUCAACCGAUAGCAACGAACUGAUUGUCGAUAAAUGGCAGAAGUUUCAGGGAGUGAAAGAAAUGAAGGAACCUGAUGAUAGCAACAACACCGAAACAGUGACCAUGAGCGGAUCUUCAGUAGACGAUGAGUUUUCCCCCGACGACGGAAAUAGCAUCCAUGCCAGCAGGUUGGGUAAUGCAAUGAACUUAGACCCAACAAAUCUCUACCCAAUAAUGCUUGGGGAGACACCAGUAUUCAAUUCUGCAUCGACCAUCGACGAACAAGACAAGUACAGAACACGGUCACCUACGACGACAAGUCCAAUAAACACGCAUAGAUCAGAUGACUGGGAACUACAGUACGUGAGGGAAGUCGUAAGCAAAGCCGAGCUAGCAUUCGAAAACUUCACAUUAGGUAUCACUCCAAUGCUCAUCACUCCCAGUCUCUACAACAAUCUGGAGAUUGAAGAAAACACAAAGAACAACAAUGAACCAGAACAUUUCAAGCUCGAACGCAAGAUCCUAUUCGACUGCGUGAAUGAAUGUUUAGAAUUAAAGGCAAAACAAAUAGUAAUUGGAAGUUCAAAAACAUUGGUUCCAUGGCGAAAACUGUUCGAAAAUGGUAGCUUAGCAGAGGAGGUAUGGAAGGAGAUUGAGAGCUGGAAAAGCAUGGAAGAAUGGAUGGUGGAUGAACUUGUGGAGAAGGAUAUGAGUAGCCAUAAUGGGAAAUGGGUCAACAUGGAUCAAGAAGCUAAUGAAGAAGGGGUUGAGAUUGAGAAAGGGAUAUUAAAUUGUUUAGUUGAUGAAUUGGUGAGUGAUUUCUUGAUUAUUCCCCAACUUACUGACUGUUCUUCAUGUAGAGGUGGCUGACGGUGGUGGUACUAAUGGAUUACCAGACAAAUACUGCAGAGGAAGCUCUGAUUCUCUGGUUUGGUUCAAGUACUUUCCAUCUUCAUUAACAGUUCUUAUUUUAUUUUUAUAUCAAUGUUUCCUUCAUGAAACUCGCACUAUAGGAAAA